AUGAGACACAGACAAGAACACAGCACGGACACUGGGACAGACAGAGGGACACGGGACACAGGGACCCACAGGGACAGGAACACCGCCGUGGACACACACACACAGGGUUGUGGCCGGGGCUGUCUGACCACAGGACUGUCCACAGAGUGGAUCGAGCGCCAGAAAGCCAAGAACAAGUUCUACUAUUACCACCAGAAGUUCCGCCGCGUGCCCGACCUGAGCGAGUGUCUGGAGGGCGACUACCUCUGCUUCUUCGAGGCCGAAGCGCAGUGGAGGAGGGACAGGAUGGUGGAUACAGAAAUCGUGGAGAUAAUCCGGGAGAGGGUGGGCGCCUGCAAGCAGAGGGAAGGACCCAACCACCUCCAGAACUGUGCCAAGGAGGUAGAGCUGCUGGCCCAGGUCACCAAGGCCUACCAGGACAGAUAUGGUGAUCUUGGUGUCCAUGGCAACGCAAGGACUUGCCUGAUGAAGCAGAAGCACAGGAUGAUGGAGGAGAGGAAGGCACAAGCACAAGCAAACGCGUCUGAGUAG